UAUCGAACAUCAAAUUGAAAUCGCGUUUCGUAGUGUCGAGGCCAAACAAAUCGCCCCUUUCUGUCCGUCGCCUCAUAUUGAACGAGAUCGACCUCCUUUCACAUGCAAGCUCGUCGUCAACCUGGUUUUCCCUGCUGCAACAAGACCCAUUAAUCCAAUCGAAGAACAAACCCAGAUCAUUCGUGGGUGGUGGCCUGUCGGGUGCCUCUAACUGCCACCGUAGGGUGCUGCAAACCCAAAUUGGAGGCGAGCGAUGUUUGUGGGUGGUUGCGGUGUUUCGCAGUGGGGGAGAAGAUGACACAGAGGCGCAACGAUAACCUGGCAGGGUGGUUUUGGAAUUCAAAAGCUAAUCUCCGGGUGACGGUCUCCACACACUUUCCCCAUUCCGCUACGGGUAAAAAACCCCUUUCCAGAUCCUCGCUGCCGAGUGAAUGCCGUCGGGAUUGCAUCCAAAGCUUGUGAGUCACUCGAUGCGCCUGAGAAAGAAACCAACUUAUUAGGGGGGGGGGGGGGAUUAGGGAUGCAUUCGUAUGAGUCGGUCAGCGAUCUAAGAAUUACCCGACAAGCCAGGAAACCCUUGUAAUGAUGCGGAAGUAGAGAAGGAAACGCAGGCAGGAUCUCGGGGCGGAGGCCGGCGGCGUGGAGGUCAACGACAGUGGCGGCCAGAGGGAAGCGGAAGAGAAGGUGUUGAGGAAGAUGUCCUAGAGGAGAGUGGGGAGGAGGGAUCGCCUCGAUGGAUGAAGGGGAGAGGUUAGAGGAUUGUGGAGUAGGAUUGAGGUGGCUGUGUUGUUGUUGAUUUCGAGAGGAAUCGAAGGAGAAGUCGCAGGUGGAGAAGAUGUCAUCCUCGUAGCUCGCUGUCCUUGUCGCGAUGGAGUGAUGACAGAGUGGUGGAUAAGAAGGCGUCGAUGAAGCUGUCGGUGGAAGGAGGAGAUUUUCGAUGGCGAAAGCAUUUAUAUCCGUGGACGUCCAUUGGGGGUGGCGGGUCUAGUUAGUAAUAUGUGAAUCGGCGAUUCUGGUCGUCCAUCAGUAGAGGAAAGGAAGGGGAGGCAUAUUUGGCUAUUUCCUAGAAAGGGUAAAGGUGAGGCGCACAAGGAAGACAUAACCGCGUUAUCGAAUAAGUUAGGGUUACGUGUAUUAAAUCGAAUAAUUAAAUUAUUUUUUUAUUAAUAUAUUUAAUAAUGUGUUAUGCCGACUUGGCAAAAGUAACGAAAUUUGGAUGGAUUGACCUCUUUGUCUUUGCUACUCAUAUAAACUUAUAUUACUAAAAUGUAUAACAUUAAAGAAUUGUGAUAAUUUUGUACGAAGUGAAUAAAUCUAAUUAGCCCGUAGACUACGGAAUACAGACGGGCUCGUCGUGGCGCAGAUCACUGAGAUCAGCGUAUCUAUCCAAAUCCGGAUCUGUAAGCCAUAAAAAAGAAAUAACAAAGGAAGAGUGAAAAAUGAAAAACGGAAAUCACAGUCUCGUCAAAGCAUAGUUUAUCGUUCUCCCCACGGCUCUGUCAUCGCCAAGGAAACCUUCCCCAAUCAUUCGCCCAACCCCGAACCCUAAGUUCGCCUACCUAUCGUGCGAUUCCAAAUUGAGGCGAAAUCGGUUCUUAACUUUUGUCUGCCUGUGAUUGGAGCAACCUGGUGCGGGAAUUCGGUCGAGAUCAGCUAAGUAAGGGAUGGCUGUGUUGCUUGAGGACAUAGUUAAGUCUGUGGAGCUAUGGCUGAAAUUCCUGAAGAAAGAACCCCAAUCUUUCGUCGAUCCGACUCUCGACCCGGUCCUCCUGGUGCCGGGCGUAGCUGGUAGUAUUCUGCACGCGGUUGAUAAGGAUGACGCCGGAAAGGUGGAGCGGGUUUGGGUUCGGAUCCUUGCUGCUGAUCAUGAGUUAUGUGCCAAGCUUUGGUCUCGCUACGAUCCCUCUACUGGUGAAACUGUAUCUUUAAAUCAAAAAGUAAACAUUGUGGUUCCUGAAGACAGAUAUGGAUUGUAUGCAAUUGAUGUCCUGGAUCCUGACCUGAUCAUAGGACGUGAAUGUGUCUAUUAUUUUCAUGACAUGAUCACUGAGAUGCUGAAAUGGGGCUUUCAAGAGGGGAAAACUCUGUUUGGUUUUGGGUAUGAUUUCCGACAAAGCAACAGGUUACCUGACACAAUGGACCGUUUUGCUAAGAAGUUAGAGUCUGUGUACAAUGCUUCAGGAGGGAAGAAGAUAAAUGUUAUAAGUCACUCCAUGGGUGGCAUUUUGGUUAAAUGUUUUAUGUCCCUGCACAGUGAUGUGUUUGAGAAAUAUGUGAAGAACUGGAUUGCAAUUGCUUCACCAUUCCAAGGUGCUCCAGGGUAUGUCAUGUCAACCUUUCUGAAUGGGAUGUCGUUUGUCGAAGGGUGGCAGCAGAACUUUUUCAUAUCGAAGUGGAGCAUGCACCAGAUGCUCAUUGAAUGUCCAUCUAUUUACGAGUUGAUGGCCCAUCCAACUUUUGAUUGGGAACACAUUCCUUUUCUGGAGUUCUGGAGAAACAAACAAGAUAAUAAUGGGAAGUCUCAAAUAAUGCUCGAGAAAUACACCCCUAGAGAGACGAUAGGAAUUUAUAAAGGGGCUCUUUCGAGUAACAAGGUUAGCUAUGGUGGUACAGAUUUGCCAUUGCCUUUCAAUGAGGACAUCAUGGAAUGGGCUGGAGAAACAUUCAAAAUUCUGUCACGGGCUAAGGUUCCAUCUAAAGUUAAAUUCUAUAAUAUAUAUGGGACGAGCCUGGCGACACCUCAUAGUGUUUGCUAUGGGGAUGAGAAGACGCCUGUCAGUGAUCUGGGAGACCUGCGAUAUUACCAGCCUAAAUAUGUAUGCGUGGAUGGAGAUGGGACAGUUCCUGUUGAGUCCGCUAAGGCGGAUGGUCUGAAUGCAGAAGCAAGGGUUGCAAUACCUGGUGAGCACAGGGGGAUUCUUUGUGAGCAUCAUUUGUUUAGGGUGGUGAGGCACUGGAUAAAGGCAGGUGCACCUGAUCCUUUCUACAACCCAAUCAACGACUAUGUUAUCCUACCCACUGCAUUUGAGAUGGAUAUGCGUAAAGAGAAGGGUUUGCAGUUCACCUCCCUGAAAGAGGAAUGGGAAAUAGUAGCCUCAGGGUGUGAGCAUGAAGAAGAUGCGGCAGGUGAUGAGCCAAAAGAACCUCUAGUCAGUUCAAUUACUGUGUCCCGUCCAGGAGAUGAUCAAUCUUCAGCAGCUGAAGCUUGUGCAACCCUAGUUGUUCAUCCACAGAGCGAGGGCAAGCAACUUGUGGAGCUCAAUGCUUUGAGUGUAUCUGUUGAUGCCUAGAAUUGUUGUGAAGAGAAAAAUUCAUGGCUAUGUGUGUAUAUAUCUCUAGUGAUGUACCAACUAUCAUGGAAGGUGAAGACCUGUUUCUGUGCAGAAUGUAAAUAGCAGCGUCGGAUGACAAUCAACGCAAGGAAGAAUGUGACCUGUGGCUUUCCUACUGCCUGUAAAUCGGAAUGGUCUAAUGUUGAGUCAACCAUGUUGCAUAUCUGCAUUAUGUGAUUCAUUAUGCGUUCUAAAUUCAGCUUGACAGGUUCUUAGCGAUAGUUGAUAGACACGCCUAAUCGAUCAAAUCCGAUCAAAUGGGCACUCUUGAUACGGUACGGAAUGUCCAACCUGUUGGUCCAAAAGCUUUUCAAGUUCUUGAGGCCUAGAGGGACCCUAGAAGGUGGUAAAUACAAGAUCGACUCUAACCACAAUUGAUAGUUCGUAAGCAAACGUCCUACUCAUGAAAGAAGUGGCUGUGCCACUACAUGGGCAAUUAUGUUAAAGCUCCGAGGAGCAAAAUGAUAUGAUACAUAUUCAAGUGAAGAAAGAAGAAAAAAGAAAAAGACAAACCUCCUCCAAGAUGACACUGCCUAUCGACUGAGAAGCCUUCUUGGACGAUACAUGUCCGAUGCCCAAUUUCAAAUCACCACAAAAUGCAACAACCAAAACGUUAUGUAUUAGACACCAUGGCAUAUCAUCUCGAAGAGCAAAUAAUUUGCAACAAAAGCAUCAGAGAUACCAUCAUAAUUUACCGAAACAAAUAGUAUGGUUCCGUCACCUGAUAGACCUAAGAAGCCUGAGACACUUCCUUCAUUGGUCUUCAUAGCCCCAUCAAAGCAAACUAUGAUCCCCCAAUGGGGUAUGUGAUGUCCUGAUUGUUUCUCUGGGAACCUUGAUUAGUGGGUACAUUGCUUGGUAUGGAUUGUCUUCCUUCUUCCAAAACUUAUGUCCCUCUGCCAUCCUCCAUUCCUCUACUUAAGCGGUCAUUUGACGAAAUAACAGUGGGGCUUGGAAUGAUGUAAAACUAAAGACGGUGGUUUGCAUCGACCUUUUCAUAUACGUCAGAAUUGGAAAAUCGUGUAAGAUACAAUAAUCUUUGAGAUCUGAGGCAAAACAAAAGUUCUCUCCAUGCUAGGUCCAUUUGGAGCAUUCCAAUGGUUGAUAUUCGUUGUUCCCAUCCUACUAUAUGCCAUAAUUCCUUAGUAAUCCUACAAUCAAAGAAACAGUGGGUCAUAUCUUCUAUAGGAUCCCAACAGAGAGGGCAUAUGCUUAUAUUGGAAAUGUGUUUAUUGAAGAGAGUCCCUCGUAAUGGAAGAAAGUCAUGAACCGGUCUCCAAAGAAUUUUUGUUAGUUUUGUGGGAUUGGAUCAUUUCAAAAAUAUUUCUAAAAUUUGGUGUCGAAGUAAUCUGAGAUGGGGCUGUAAAAUGGGUUAAAUGAUGACCUGAUUUCAUUGUGUAUUUUCCAUAUUUGUCAUAGUGCCAAAUAAGUUUGUCAGCACUCGGAAUAGUUGGGAGAGAGAUAAAGAGUAUUGAUCACGUGUAGUAGGUAUAUCCAAAUUUACCUAGAUCGAAGACCAUGAUCGUAUUCUCUAGGGUCUCUCACAACAACUUACCCUAGUGGCGAGGGAUGAGUUUUAUGAGGUUUAAAACAAUUGUGGAGAAUGAGGUAUUUUCGGGGUUGAAGUUCCCCUUGGUUUUAGAAAACGAAAGAAAAAAGCAAUGCGAGAAAGGAAAAACUGUACCACUAGUUGGUGAAGAAAACAUGAGGGUGAUGCGUUGCAUAGACAAGCUCCCUCCAUAGUUCAUUUGACUUACAACCUUGAUCCUUACCAGGUUUAUUUCUACCAUGUGUCGCGGCAUGUACCAAGACUAUAGGCAAUGAUGUGGACCCUAUAGUUGUCUCAUUUGAGGAAGUCGACACAGUUUGAUCGAUUGAAGAUCGAUCGUGAAUGACUGAUGUGUCCAGUCUCAUCCACCCACGAAGUCGGGUUUGAGGAUGUAACCUAAUCCACUAAGUGAGGGACUGAUAACUAUAUUAAACAUAUCAAAAUCACAUAAACCUAAUUCAUCUUCGGAUUUACUAGUACACAAUUAUGGACAAGAUAUCCAGUGCUUACCAUCAUCUUUAUCUUGAUAAUCCCACCAAAAGCGAGAUAGUUAACCAUUCAUACUAUGACAUAUUGGAGAUGUGAGUCUGAAGCAUGACAUUGCAAUGAUUGGAAUGGUGAUACCUAUGAAUUUAAUGACCACCUCUUUUGCUACUAUGGACAUGUUUUUUUUUUAAUUUUUAUUUCCAACUUUGGAUGUGGACCGCCAACGAUUUCUCGAUGUAUCAAAAUGUAAGAUUUUUAGAAUGAUGCCCCUGUGAAGGGAGGCCAAGAUAUAUAUCAUGGGUUUCGAUCAUUGUUAUUCCUAAGGAACUGCAAGUUUUGAAGCUUCUAUGUCCAACACAUUUGAGCUAAAAGACAUUGCAGAUUUUUGAAGAUGGACUUGUUGACCACUAUGCACUUAAUAAGUCUGGAGUACGUUUAGAAAAUUACUGCACUCAGGUCGAGAUGCUCCCAAGAAUAAACGAUUCAUCUACAAAGAAAAGGUGUGAUACUACAAGAGUUGACCUAUGGACUCUCAAGAAACCAAAAAAAAAAAAAGAGGAAGAAAACUCAAUGCAAUCACGAAGAAUUGACCCACCCAAUUUAUCCGUCUUCACCCUUUGUUAGAGUUGGCGGAUGACGACUUCAGAGUCUCCUCGACAAUCACAUUGGACACUUGGCGAUUGAUUGAUAGAGUGAGAGCAUACUGGGUUGCUAGAUGCUCAUCAAAUUAAAGAUCCAAAAUACCCGGAUGCUGCAAUUCUGAAGGAGGACAAAAAUGAUCGUUUGAAGAUCGAGCAAUUAGACCAGAGUAGCAACAUACGUCUUGAAGAAUAGUGACCUCAAAGUUUAUCUUGAUGAAAUCGUUUGGGGACGGAUGAUUAGUUGUAGAACAUAGUCCAUGUUACCUGGUCAUUAGGCCUAAUUGUAUUUCCCUAGGGUCUCUCGUAUAACACUUACCUCGGAAGCGAGGAACGGUGCUAUUAAAGAAAAGAGCAAUUUUGGAGGUAGAGAUGCCUCUGGUUUGGCAGAACAUAAGAUUAAACGGAGAACCCAGUGCUGAAAAGUAAACCUACGUUACUAGAUGAGUGAGAGAUCAGAGAAGGAAGGCGUUUCAUAGGCAAGCUCCCCCUAGGUCUUCUACCCAUGCAUCCCACGAUGAUCGGAGUCAUACGAGAUGGCGGUUUCUUAUUUUGUUAGAUCCCAGCUUGUGAUGAAGCAUUUACCCGAACUAAUGGGCAACAAAGACCCUUUGAAUUUCUCCCUAUAAGUGUCAUGCCGUUCGAUAGAAUGGGACCGCCAUUUCCAGUCAUAAUCCUAAGCAACUUGGAUUUCGAUCCUUGCACCUCGAAGGAGUGCAAGUUCGACUAAGCUCUCAUUCGAAUUGACAAAUAAUAAAAUAGAGGACAUUAAACAUCAACACAUAUGAAUAAAAACAAUCGUAUUAAAUCAAACAUCGUGUUAUACAUGGUUAGAACCCCUAGGGUUCACAUAUCUACGCCACAAAGGAACUAGCCACCAUGAGGAGGGGUUCAUGGUGUUUAUUGAUUGAAAUGAAGACCUCACAAGUCCACAAGAGUCGGUGCAACCAAAGAAAAAAUAGGGUCAAGGAUGUCUUUUCUGGCACCGAUUCUCCAUCGAAGGUUGGUCUCGUUCUAAGUCAUAAGGGUUGCUCUAUCGGCAGAGUAACAACGCUUCCUUGACCUCUCGUCUCCUCUCGUUUUCUAUCUCUAGAGAUCUAUUUAUAGGCAUUAGAGUAGGCUUUCUAAAGAGAAAAACUCGCAACUCUAACGUCAUCCGGCCAAUUAGAAGGCUCCAAACACGUGGCCAACGAAUCAGGAGGCUCCAAGGAGACUUUCUAAUGAAGUAGUUGAGCUCCGUAAAACGGCAACUAAAGCGAUGUUUCACUUCCUAUGGCGCCAUUUCUAGUUGCAUUUAUUUAAUUCAUCCUCUCUUCAAAUCCCGACUCCAGCAACUGGAUCUCGAUGUCCCUUAUGACUGCCAAGUGGUCCACUAGUCUACUUUGACCUGAAAAUGUACACAAUGCUACCAAAAGCGUAUCAACCAUAUAAAAUAAAUCCUAAGGUUGCUAAAACACACUAGAAGCAAUCAUAGCACAAAUUCAAGGUAUUAUGAUGAUAAUGAUAUGAAAUGAAUGCACUUUGGAUCAUAAUAUGGAGGUUUAGAAUAGACAAUUCUAUGUGUCAUCAACGAACCAUUAAACAUGAUAGGGUAAUGAUCAAGCAGGGGGAGGAGAGAGAUUUAUAGAAAUAGCAUUGGUGAACUCAUUAACUUGGAAAUCAAACUGGUAGGCUAUAUAGCAUAUGCGUGGUUGAGUAAGCUAAAAAAUCAUGUUAUUGAGAGACUUCCAAAUCCUCUAUAAAAGAUAAACACUUUGGAAUAUUUGAAGUUGGGAGAGAUAAGAUCCUAGAAAGUGAUGCCAUCUAAGACGGAAGUUGGAAGGUGGCCCGUAAGAAUAAAAUUUCCCGAUCCCACCAGCACCCAUAGAGAGAUAGCGAAGGGAUAGUUGAAGAAAAGAUAUUCUAUCAUUUCUCGAUGCUCCCAACAAAUGGAGCAUCAAACUUUACAUGCGAUUCCCUGGGCUCGCAGAGCAUGAACUGUCAGAAGGACCACCUAGGAGGCAAUUCAAAAUUCCAAGUCCUUCGUCACAAUGAGACAUCCAUCACUUGGACCCAUAGCUUACGAUGGCUGGCUAGAGAUAUGUCUAAUGCUAAAUGAUAUCAAUACUUAACAUUGCAUACUCCACUCUUUGAGAAGUUUCAUAUUUGGUCAUCUUUUUGGGGAUAUCGAGGGAGGGAAAGAUAGCAUAUCAAUUCCACUGAUUGAGUUUCAAAGAAGAACAACAUUCAAGAUCGGUUCCACUGCCCAAUCCUUUCUUUAUGAAAAAAUCUACUUUGGGAGAAGAAGACGGGGUGGGAAAUCUUAGUCUUGGGAUGAAGAGGAAUCUCUAGCCAAGGAAUAAGAUUCUCAGAGGAAAUCAGAGAACUCCAACAAAAUUUAUCCAUAUGACUAUUGAAGUUGUGACAUGGGUUAAGCGGAAAUUUAUAACAAUACAUCAAAUGUACCGAAAGGUUGGAGGCUGAUGUACAAAUUAGAGAUCCUCGGCUUCUCUUGAUAAAGUGUGCUGCUUACAUCCUUAAAUUUUUUUGAUCAAUUUCUCUUCAAUUAAUUGAAAACUUUCCUUCUUUGAUCGAGUUAUAAUCGAUGGGAGUAUGAAAUAACGAUCAUUUUCUUACGUUGUUCUAACACAUAGAUACUUAGCCAUGGCUUAACCUUCCAUUUGGAAUGUAUUAAAACUAAGGGGUUGUUUGGAGGCUGGGAUUCUCCAAAUUGAAGUAUUUAAUCAAUUUGUGUAUUGUAAUUUGUUGUAUUAUUGAAAUGUAUGAAUUUGAAAAAUACAAUGUUUGGAGGUUUAGAUAGAGGGUAGACAAUCCCUUGGUCACAAUCUCACCUUUUGGUAGAGAUUGAUAAUCACUAAUUUUGAGUGAUUGUAGGUGGGUCUAGAAAAAGGUAAUACUUGUAUUCUAUCACAAAUUUAACAAAAAAAAAAAGACUGAAUCUUGACAUUACAUGCAGUGACUAAAUACAUCGCUUGAAAUCCCAACCUCCCAAAACAUCACAACUUAUUUGGCCAAGUUAACCUUUUGACCACUUACGCCCUUGUAAUUAUGGAAUAGUGAUAUGAGUGUCACACAUGCAUUAGGCAAGACUAAACAUCUACGAAAAACAUACGAGACACCAUAUGUUUCGACCUAGAUCUUGCGAUCCUAUUGCUAACAAUAAUUAGGAGCUCUGAUUCAGAAUCCUUCUUCUGAUCUCCUCGAUAGUGGAAGAUAUGUAGAGAGGAGGGGAUGACCCCCACAAUCUACGCUCAGAUGCCCAAGUUAGUAUAAAACAUAUAUGUUAUUGUAAUGGAUAGUAGAUAUUUUAGAGAGAGACCUUGUGUGAAAGAUGUGAGCGGCUAGUACCCAAUGUAUUUAGAGUGUAUAUAUGAGCAUAGCAUGACAGUGAUGAUCUUCUUCAUGGGAUGAUGUUUGAGAUAUAUUCUUGAAGAAAAUACUUAGUUUGAGAGUGAGUUGUAGGAGAGGGAGCAAUGAUAUAAUUAAAUCUUGGGCAUUACAAAAAGGAGGCAAAAGGUGAUUUGUAGUUUGAUGCUCGACAUGCUUGUGAGAAGAAGGAUGCACGCGGGUUCAAACCUUAGUAGAGGCUUUUUUAUUUUAAGAAGUUGUUGAAACUUGAUGAGAGGUAAGAUGGGCUAAAAGCCUGAUGCUUCCAAAGACAAUUGGGCUUUAUUGAAGGCGUGUCAUGUUGUGUGCGCGAGCCGAGUGUGGUCAUCAGGGAGGUCGAAUGGUGAUGGGCCUUGGACAAUUUUCGGGCUUUGUGUUGUGUGUUGGAGGCAUAACUCUUUCUAUGAAGAGACCAAACCUGCAUUGUGAAUAUGGAGGUGAUAGCGGUCCCACUCGAGCGUGUGGGCCAUUGUUUAGAGUCGAGAUGAGUAUUGGUGGUCUUGUUGGAAGUGGGGCGGGCCGUUGGAGGUGGACUAGGUCUUGGUAGGCUUCUGGAGGCUGGGUAAAUCAUUGGAGGCGGAUGAGCUUUCCAACAAAUGGCCUAGACCUUUUCGAUGGUUUCUAACAGGGAGUAGGUUUGGUUUGAUUAGGUAAAAUAUUAAUUGUUUACUUUGUGAGAAUGUAGUUGGUGUGUAGCCUAGUAUUGGAGCAAUCCUUCUCAGAUGAAAAGGUGGCGAACUCGGAUAAUGUUGGAGGUGUUUCUUCUUACUUUUAUGUAAGGGAAGUGUACUAGGCUUGAUGGGAUUUUCUAAAGACGAGGUCACAUUGUGAUUGGAAGGCGGGUCAUAUAGGCUUGAGCUCACAGGCUUGAGAAGCUUUAUGGGAUUGGGAUGUGUACAUAGGGCGAUGCGGGGAAAAUGAACGCGGUUUGGGAGA